CGUGACUUAAAAGAGGAAGUCAAAGUAGGCGGAAGUUGAUUCAGAAGGGUGGAACUUUAUAUUUUAUAACUUUUUGGCGAUUUUUUAUCUCUCAUAAUGCCGGCAUAUCAUUCCUCUUUACCAUGUCCAAGAUUAGUUGGAAAUAUGGGAUUAUUACCUAUUAAAACACAGUAUAAAGGACCAGCUGCUAAAGAAGUAAAUGGAAGUGACAUAAUUGAUGAGGCCAUUGGAUUUUUUAAAGCUAAUAUUUUCUUUAGAAACUAUGAAAUUAAGAGUGAAGCUGAUAGAACAUUGAUUUACGUUACCCUUUAUAUUACUGAAUGUUUAAAAAAAUUACAAAGGUGUUCAUCUCGAAGUCAAGCUGAAAAAGAAAUGUAUACAUUAGGUAUAACCAAUUUUCCAAUCCCAGGAGAAGGGGGUUUCCCAUUAAAUGCCAUGUACUCAAAGCCUUCCAGACAAGAAGAUGAAACCAUGAGAGCUUAUUUACAACAAUUAAGACAAGAAACAGGACUAAGAAUGAUAGACAGAGUUUUUGAUCAGCAAUCAGAUAAACCAAGCAAGUGGUGGUUAUGUUUUGCAAAGAGAAAGUUUAUGGAUAAAAGUUUAUCACCAGCUGGACAUUAACAGCCAAGAACAGGACAUACUUUAAUCAUAUGAUGUUUAUUUGUAUCAUAAAAAUAUAGUCUGAAACCUGUGACUUUUACCUGGUCUCAGAUAGCCUUGAUAGAUGGUGAUAAGCUGGAGUCAGAAAAAUUAAGCCAUUAUCAAGAAAUUAUGUUAUGCCUCAUAGAUUGUGUUGAAGCUUGAAAAUAGAAACAGCUGUAAAAUUCUUGCAUUUCAAAAGUAUCGUUUUUUUUUUAACUCUUAAUAAUCACCAUCAAAAAUUGGUUUUCAGAGGCCUGGUGAGAAUCAGAAAGUUUUGGACAUAUAAAUAUAUUGUAUUAUAAUUUUCAUUUUCUUCAAAUUUUAUAAAUUAUAUAGCCUAAAAUAAAUAUCAUUUCAAAAUAUUCA